AACACAAUGUGCAGCAGCUGUUUGUGAUUUAGUAGAGUAAAAAAAUAAAAACAAACAGUGAAAAAAAUAAAAUUUUAAAUAAAUAAAUGAAAUUUAUAGAAUGAAACAACUACCAAAGUAUUGAGGGCAAUGUAAAGUCUUAAAUAAAAGAAACAAACAGUAAAUAUCUUGAAAUCCCUGACCUCAAAUUGUUUCCGAGUGCUAGAGGAGAUCAAGGUUACGAAACUAAAAUUGAUUAUAGAGAAUAUACAACGAGGUUUUUAAUGCAAAACCGCAAAGGAAAUAAAGUUAACUAAUAGAAAUAAGUGAAAGAAUAUUAUAAUAUCUUGCCAUAAUUGAAAUUAUAGUGAAUAACCUGACUUUUAAAUUGAAACAUAAACACCUCAUCCCACCCACCCGCUUGUUUUAUUACACUGAAAAAUGUUAAUUUUACGCAGCCGCUUGUUUAACACUAGAUUAUCAGCCACUACCAGCUUAGCGGUAAAAACGAAUUAUUCCAAUGUGAAGAGUUCAUCAUCGGCUUUAGUUCCUUACAAAUAUUUAAAACCUUCCACGGUUGUAGAUUUAGCAGGGAAUACAAGAUGUUUACACAAAUCUAUAAGUUUGUUAAACAAACAUCAAAACUCUUUACAAAAGCCUAAAGAAGAAUUAGAAAAUAAUGACCAAGAUCUUUCAACACAAGUUAAACAAGCGGUGUCGCCAUACAUACGCCUUAUGCGCAUGGAUCGUCCCAUUGGUACCUAUUUACUAUUUUGGCCUUGUGCCUGGAGUAUAGCGUUAAGUGCCUCUGCUGGUUGUUGGCCUGAUUUCCAUAUGCUGGGUUUAUUUGCAACAGGCGCCUUAAUUAUGAGAGGAGCUGGUUGCACCAUCAAUGAUUUGUGGGAUCGUGAUAUAGACAAACAAGUGGAACGAACACGCAACCGCCCUUUGGCGUGUGGUGAAAUAACUCAAAUGGAUGCCAUCGUUUUUCUAUCGGCUCAAUUGAGUUUGGGUCUUUUGGUGUUGGUUCAAUUGAAUUGGGAGUCUAUAUUACUGGGUGCUACUUCCUUAGGUCUGGUAGUGACCUAUCCUUUAAUGAAACGCGUUACCUAUUGGCCACAAUUAGUAUUGGGCAUGGCUUUCAAUUGGGGUGCUCUAUUGGGUUGGUGUGCUACACAGGGUGUGGUCAAUUGGUCAGCCUGUUUACCUCUGUACCUGUCUGGUAUUUGUUGGACUAUAGUAUAUGAUACCAUAUAUGCCCAUCAAGACAAAAAGGAUGAUUUACAAAUCGGUGUUAAGUCAACCGCUCUGAGAUUUGGUGAUAAUACAAAACUUUGGCUGUCAGGAUUCACAGCAGCCAUGUUAACCGGUCUAACAGCGGCCGGUCUAGCCUGUGAUCAAACAAUACCCUAUUAUGCUUCUGUAGGUCUGGUGGCUGGUCAUCUCAUACAACAGAUUUAUUCCCUUAAUAUCAACAAUCCUACAGAUUGCGCCCAAAAAUUCUUUUCUAACAACCAAGUUGGUUUAAUUUUAUUUUUGGGCAUUGUUUUGGGCACCCUAUUGAAAUCUAAUGAUAAUCCUAAAGAUACGAAUUUGUCAACGAGCAGCAGCAAUAGCUCCACUACAUCAUCUAUAAAUGGUUUUGUUCCCUUAGCUUCGAAACCGGAGGCUUUGACGUAGUUUUUUUUUAUAAUAUAUUUUUUUAGUUAAUUGGUAGUAUUUUUUCUCCAUAAGUUUUAUUAGUUUAUUUAAUCAACCAAAGUAAGGAAACCAAGUUUUUUUGUAUUACAAUAAAUGAUAAAUCGGUACUGUAAAUAUUAUAUACAUUUACGUUAAAUUUGUUAACGUCUUAUUAAAUAUGGAUAAUUUUUGCUUCAUUUUAUAUACAUACAUAUUUUCUAUUGUUAAAGCACUUGAAUGCUACAAAUCAUGUUUGUAAAACAAAAUAAUUUAAAUAAAAUGUCAUUACUUUGUAAUUAUUAAAGUCUUUUAAA